AUGACAAUCAAAUAUCUUAUUCUGCUCUCGCGGCAGGGCAAAGUGCGUCUAGCCAAAUGGUUCACCACGCUGGCGCCCAAGGAAAAGGCAAAGAUAGUCAAGGACGUCUCACAGCUUGUCCUUGCCCGACGCACCCGCAUGUGCAACUUCCUUGAAUACAAGGAUACAAAGGUCGUCUACCGCCGCUACGCCUCGCUCUUCUUCAUCGCCGGAUGCGACGCCACCGACAAUGAGCUGAUUACGCUCGAAAUCGUCCAUCGCUAUGUCGAGCAGAUGGACAAGUACUACGGCAACGUCUGCGAGCUCGACAUCAUCUUCAACUUCCAAAAGGCUUACUUCAUUCUCGACGAGCUCCUGCUUGCCGGAGAGAUGCAGGAGAGCAGCAAGAAAAACGUACUGCGGUGUAUAGGACAGCAAGACAGCCUCGAGGACAUGGAGACUGAGGACGACAUUGUUACCAAGAUCAUGUAA